UGCUGGGUUUCUAAAUCGAGAACAUGAGACGAACCUGGAAAAACGUAAACAACUGACACUAUCAUUAUCAAUCAAUUCAAAAUAAUUCAAAGUUUUGUCUGAUUGCGGCUCUUAUGGGUGUCUGUAGCAGUGUUUAUGAAAGAGCAGAAGCGGGCGCAAACAAUCGAAUCGUAGUCAAUCGUUCCAUUCAGUCAAUAGAGGUUAGCAACGUAACGGAUUCAACGACCUUCGCUACUGCAGUUUUAACCGAACACAAUCGCUUACGUACCAGACACUCUGCUUCGCCAUUGAAGCUAAAUCCAGACAUUAGCCGCUAUGCGCAGGAAUGGGCUGCCGACAUUUCCUCCCGCAACGUAAUGCAACAUCGAUCGAACAAUCGCUAUGGUGAGAAUUUGUAUGCUUGCUUUGGAAAGCCGAACCUCACCGGUGAGGAGGUGGUUCGUAGCUGGUACGACGAAAUCAAGGACUACCGCUUUGGAGAAGUGAAUCCGAACAAUUUCAGUAAGGUUGGUCAUUUCACUCAGGUGGUUUGGAAGAACACUAAGGAACUAGGAGUGGGUUUUGCUCGAAAUGGCAAUACCAUAUUUGUAGUUUGUAACUAUGAUCCACCCGGGAACUUUAAUGGUCAAUACCCAGUGAAUGUUACUCGAAACUAG